GAUUUAAGCAUGUGAUUAUUAUCCUUCAUUUAGUCGCAACCUAGCUAGCUUUGAAUCUCGUUCACUAAUCCCCAAAAAUGCCUUGUCUAUACCUUAGCAGCCCACUACGUCAUCUCCCGUGCCCUCUGUGUUGACGUCGCAGCCUGCUCCAUCAUUUCUGGUACCGCUCCAUUGUCAUCUUGCUUUCACUACUUAGUCGAAGUGUAUAAGUAGUGGUUCUCGAGAAGUUGGGCCCCAAUUUUCCCAAAUUAGAACUCGAUCACUUUGUGACCACCACGUCUAUAAAUAGAUUCUCUCUACGAAGCUUAUUAACGCAUCAGAAAAAGAAAAGCCUUCAAUCAUAUAGCAUUCUAAGAAAUGAAGAGCCCUACCAUUUUCAUUCUCUUUCUACUUUCUGCCUUCUACACCUCACUCCUACCUUCAGCCACCGCUCAAGUCGUGGUUGACAUGGAAGGUAAUGAUCUUCAAAAUGGUGGGAAAUAUUAUGUGUUGCCAGUAAUAGAGUCAUCAUAUGGUGGAAUAAGAGUAGCCGCAACUGGAAAAGAAAGAUGCCCUCUCACUGUUGUACAAUCUCCCGAUCCGUAUGAUAAGGGGAUUGCAACAAUUAUUUCAACCCCAUAUCGAGUUCCUGUUAUCCGCGAAGGCUUUCCUUUGAACAUUACGUUCGGUAAUUUUGCAGUUAUACUGCCUUGUGUCCCCCUUCGUUCUGAGUGGACCGUCGUUAAUGGCCAACCAGAAGGACCCGCAGUUAAAAUUGGUUCGCCCCCAAAUGCAGAAAAUGGUUGGUUUGAAAUUGAGAAAUUGUUAACUUCGGGCUAUAAGCUUGUGUUCUGUACGCGGCCUGAGCGUAGCUAUUGUCAGGAUAUUGGGAUUCAUGUCGAUGAUGAAAAUCACGCGCGUUUGGUGUUGACAAAUGAUGAUCCACUAGUGGUUGAGUUUCUGAAAUAUGAUCCCUUCUGGCCCCAGAAUAAUCUAGUGCUUCCUACAAGUCAAUGAGAGACUAUAUAAAUGCUUUGGUUGUAAUAAAUUAUUGUCAGACUAAAUAAAAUAAUCAAAGCUUAUCCCUUCAUUUGCAAGUGUUAA